AUGGCCCGGCCCAGCCGUCAGCCAGAUUUCCAUCACGGCUAUGACUUAACGCUGCGCCGCCGGCGUGGCAGAAACAAAAGCACGGAGACGCACACACGGGGGCCCAGAGGCCGACAAGAUGCCGCUAAGAAAGCCUUCAUCACAGAGGUGAGCCCCCAGUCCGUCCCUGUGAUCCCUCUGCCCCCCCGCCAGCAUCCUUUCAACUGCUUUUUGAUCUCCCACGUCCAUAUGCCCUCAUCCUCAGGCCAGCCUGGUCAGGGGAAAAAAAUCGGCCACAGAGGCGUGGAUGCAUCAGGAGAAACCACAUAUAAAAAGACCACAUCAUCAGCCUUGAAAGGUGCCAUCCAGCUGGGGAUCGGUUACACGGUGGGGAACCUGAGCUCCAAGCCUGAGAGAGACGUGUUGAUGCAGGAUUUCUAUGUGGUGGAGAGCAUCUUCUUCCCCAGUGAAGGGAGCAACCUCACUCCGGCCCAUCAUUUCCCAGACUUCCGCUUUAAAACCUACGCUCCCGUGGCCUUCCGCUAUUUCAGAGAACUCUUCGGCAUCCGGCCGGACGACUACCUGUACUCUCUAUGUAACGAGCCCCUGAUCGAGCUGUCCAACCCCGGGGCGAGCGGCUCCGUCUUCUACCUAACGAAGGACGACGAGUUCAUCAUCAAGACCGUGAUGCACAAGGAGGCUGAGUUCUUACAGAAGCUGCUGCCCGGAUACUACAUGAAUUUGAAUCAGAACCCGCGCACCUUGCUGCCCAAGUUCUUCGGCCUCUACUGCGUCCAGUCGGGUGGGAAGAACAUCCGCGUGGUGGUGAUGAACAACGUCCUGCCCCGCGUGGUCCGCAUGCACCUCAAGUACGACCUGAAGGGCUCCACCUACAAGAGGCGGGCUUCCAAAAAGGAGAGGGAGAAGGCCAGGCCCACCUUCAAAGACCUGGACUUCAUGCAGGACGUUCCGGACGGACUGAUGCUGGACCAGGACACCUACAACGCUUUGGUGAAGACUCUGCAGAGAGACUGCCUGGUGCUGGAGAGCUUCAAGAUCAUGGACUACAGCCUGCUGCUGGGGGUCCACAACAUGGACCAGGCGGAGCGGGAGAGGCAGAGCGAAGGCUCCCAGGGCGACAGUGACGAGAAGAGGCCCGUGGCCCAGCAGAAGGCUUUAUACUCCACCGCCAUGGAGUCCAUCCAGGGGGGCGCCGCCUGCGGAGGCACCAUCGACACCGACGACACGAUGGGCGGCAUUCCAGCUGUCAACGGGAGAGGAGAACGGCUUCUCCUCUACAUUGGAAUCAUUGACAUCCUGCAGUCCUACAGGCUAAUCAAGAAGCUGGAGCACACGUGGAAGGCCCUGGUUCACGACGGGGAUACCGUGUCCGUCCACCGGCCGGGUUUCUAUGCAGAUCGGUUCUUCAAAUUCAUGAGCAGCACGGUUUUCAGGAAGAGCUCCUCUUUGAAAUCGUCUCCGUCUAAGAAGGGCCGUGUGUCCCUGUCGGUGCCUAAAUGCGCCGGUCCUGGAGCGGCCUGGUCAGCGAGCCAGCUGGCCUCCGAGAGAGACGAGAACAUCUACGACCUGAGGGGGGCUCGCAGCUUCCCCACAUUAGAGGACGAAGCCGAGCACCCCCGCUACAGGAGGCACACCCAGUCUCUGAGCCACGACGGAAGGACCCAGGAGGAGCUGCGUGUGCGUGAGGAGGACCAGCAGACCAUCACAGUGGAGGUGGAGCUGAAGAGACACGACAGCGAGCCCACUAUCUCUGUUCCACAGCCAUCGUCACCUGAGGCCAGUGAGCUUCAGAAAGCAGCAGGCGCGGAGGAGGCGGCGCGCCCGGAUCCCCCUGAGGCAGCCCCCCACUCCGCCCCCGCCCCGGCCGCUCCAUCCUCCCCGGGGCCUGCCAGGGAAGCCCCCUCCAGUCCUCAGGUGGCGGCGGUGGAGGCAGACCGGGCCAGCCAGAUGUCGGGGUCGGGCUGCACCAGCCAGGCUUCGGUGGACGACGACGACGACGUGCCAGUCACAGAUAUCUACUUUCCUCCAGAGGACAGGACCUGGGUGUACUCCCCGCUACACUAUGGCUCAGAGUCUAAGGCCCUGCCAGAUGGGGAUUGGGAAAGAGAGACAGUAAUAAAGCCUGCUCUCUGGCAGAGAGAGAGGAGUGACGUUACAGCGGGAAAGACUCACCAGUCUGAAGUCCAGACCUCAGAGGGAGCAGCGCCAUCUCUGUCUGAAGGAGGAUUUUAA